AAAAGAAAGAGAGAGAGAGAGAGAGAGAGAGAGAGAGAGAUGAUGGCUUAGCUUUUUCGUUGGGUUUUUUGGGCUGCAGGGCAGUGGAAAUGGAAGGAGCCGCAGUGGCUGCUGCUGUUGCUGCUGUUUCUGCUGUUUCGAUUUCAGGAGGGCGGAGGAUUCGCUCAGGCUUUUUUCCCUUCCCUUCCUUCUUGCACUCCCUUUUUUAGUGGUAGCAGCAGAAACCUUCUCUGCUCACUCCAUGCGUUGCCUUCGUUCAUAAAUUAAAGCGGCAAGUCCAUCGGCCAUAUUUAGAAGCAAGUCCACUCCGGAUCCUUCCACUUGCCUUCUAUCUCUUCUCUUCUAGAAACGAACGAUUAGCUCUCGUUGUCUGUUUGUUUUAUUUCUCCAUCUUAUUUCUAUUUGGGGAAGGAAGGAAGGAUGGAAGAUCUGUACAGUAUCCAUCCGGGAAUCUCGCGGGGUGGAGAGGUGGCGGCCGUCGGAUCCACGUCCAGCUUCGCCUGCUUUGAGGCCGACCGGUCGCAGUGCGGGGAAGCCACCGAAGCGUCGGAUAUCUCCGCCGCCGGCGGCGCCGGCGGUUCGGAUCUCACCGACCUGAUCAAGGCCCAAAUCGCCAACCAUCCUCGCUACCCUUCUCUCGUGGCCGCCUACAUCGAAUGCAGAAAGGUGGGGGCGCCGCCGGAGAUGGCAUCGCUGUUGGAAGAGAUAGGGCGGGAGAGGUACGCAAGCGCGGGAUGCGGGGAGAUCGGAGCGGAUCCGGAGCUCGACGAGUUCAUGGAAUCCUACUGCCGGGUUCUUCAGCGAUACAAGGAGGAGCUUUCAAAGCCGUUCAACGAGGCAGCGUCGUUCCUCAACAGCAUCGAGAUGCAGCUGAGCAACCUGUGCAAAGGCCGCACUACCUCCUCCUCCACCACCACCGCCACCGGCAACUCCCCUUCCGAUGAAGUGGUUGGGUCGUCUGAAGAAGAGCUUAGCUGUGGUGAUGUGGAUGCAUUGGAAAGCCAGGAAUCCGGUUCGCGCCUCGCUGACCACGAACUGAAGGAAAUGCUUCUUAAGAAGUACAGUGGCUACCUGAGCAAUCUCAGAAAGGAAUUCUUGAAGAAGAGGAAGAAGGGAAAGCUACCCAAAGAUGCAAGGUUGACACUGCUAGAUUGGUGGCAUACCCACUACAGGUGGCCCUAUCCCACGGAAGAGGAGAAGGCAAAGCUAGCUGAGAUGACAGGGCUUGACCAGAAGCAAAUUAACAAUUGGUUCAUAAACCAGAGGAAGAGGCACUGGAAGCCCUCGGAGGAUAUGCGGUUCGCCCUUAUGGAGGGUGUUGGUGGUGGAUCCAGCGGGACCAUGCUGUACUUCGAUACAGGCACCGUUGGUCCAUGAUCGACGAUGCUAAGUGCCACCUCAUCAUAACAUCCAUGAUGCUUUGUUCUUGGAUAAUUUAAUUAAUCUCUCCUUUUGAUGCCCAUGUGAAUAUGGUGUUCGAUCGACUGAAACUGGUGUUAUCAUUGUCGACAAAUAGUGUAUCAUGGCAACGGUUUGGGAGUCAGUCUGACUUGAUGAGCCAGACUUCGGUUUGUAUCUUUUUGAUCAUGGUUCAUCUCGGUCGACUCCAUCAUCGAAUGUAUUACCGUUGGAUGUUUUUGAGCUCCGAAUGUCUGGGAGUUGAUUAAAUUUGCUGUCUUGUGCUGAUGAGCAAGAGAAACUGGGUUGAGUCUCUCUGAACUGAUGAGCUUAGUAUUUAA